AUGCCGGAGUCAUUGCCAGCCUCAAUGAGAGCUGCAAGCGUGGGUGAGAAGAAUGUGCUUAUCUUUGACCUUGGCGGUGGCACUUUUGAUGUUUCUCUUGUCACCGUUAAGGCGACGGGUGUCAUUGAAGUGAAGGCCACUUCUGAAUUCAAAAGAAAGCACAACAAAGACAUAAGUGGAAGCCCUAGAGCUAUUACGAGGUUGAGAGCUGCUUGGGAGAGGGCAAAGAGGACUCUUUCAUCAGCUAUCUGGACAACCACUGAGAUUGAUUCAUUGUAUGAGGGAACAGAUUUCUACCCAAGCAUUACUCGUGCCAAAUUUGAGGGCCUAAACAUGGAUUUCUUUAGGGAGUGUGUGGAGUGUGUUGAAAAGUAUUUGAGGGAUGCCAAGAUGGACAAGAGCAGUGUCCACGACAUAGUCCUUGUCGGUGGCUCUAUUAGAAUUCCAAAGGUUCAGCAUCUAAUGCAGGACUUUUUCAACGGGAAGGAGCUGUGUAAGAGCAUUCACCCAGAUGAGGCUGUCGCUUAUGGUGCCGCUGUGCAAGCUGCAAUCUUAAGUGGUGAGUACCAGGACCUGUUGCUGUUGGAUGUGUUGUUCAUAAUGUCUAAAAAGUAUACAAUUGAGAUACAUUAUGAUGGAAAAUUUGAUAAGGACCACUAUUACUAUAUUGGGGGGAAAGUUGAUGAAUUUGAUAAUUGUGAGCCUGAUCGCAUGUCAUAUUUUGAAAUUGAAGAUAUGUUGACACUACUGAACUUAGAUCCCAAAAGUGAAGUCUAUUAUAGAGACCUUAGUAAUAAAAAUCAUGUGUUAAUAGUCUCUGAUAAUGGUCUAUUGAAUAUGUUUGCAAUGUACAAGAAUUUUUCAUUGGUGAAGGUACAAGUAGUUGCACCUGCACCUGCACUUGCACCAACAUUUGAAACUACACUUGUACCUGCACCUGCACCUGCACCUGAACCUGAAACUACAGCUGCACCUCAUUCUCCUUCCCACUCAUCUUCCCAUGCCUCUUCCCAAUCCUCUUCCCAUUCAGAAGACUUAAAUGGUCAUAUUGAAGCUUUAUGGGGUCAAGUAGAAGACUUAGAUUAG